UCCGGCGGCUCGGGCUCCUCCUCCCGCCUCGCCCUCCGCCCGCCCCGGCGGCUUCCCAGGCUCCUCUCCGGGUAAACAGCGAUGGCCGCCGAGGAAGGUGGCGGCGAGCCCCAUCACAACAUGGGGAACCACCUCCAGCUGGUGCUCGCAGAGAGCGAGGAAGAGGAUGACAAUGAGAUGGAAGUUGAAGAUCAAGAUAGCAAAGAAGCUGAAAAGCCAAACAUCAUAAAUUUUGAUACUAGUUUGCCAACAUCACAUGUGUAUUUAGGUUCUGAUAUGGAAGAGUUUCAUGGAAGGACGUUGCACGAUGAUGACAGCUGUCAGGUGAUUCCAGUGUUGCCCCAUGUGAUGGUGAUGUUGAUUCCUGGACAGACGUUACCCCUUCAGCUUUUUCACCCUCAAGAGGUUAGCAUGGUGCGGAAUUUAAUUCAGAAAGACAGAACGUUUGCUGUUCUUGCAUACAGCAAUGCACGUGAGAGGGAAGCACAUUUUGGAACAACAGCAGAAAUAUACGCCUACAGAGAAGAGCAGGAGUAUGGAAUUGAAACAGUCAAAGUGAAAGCUAUAGGAAGACAGAGGUUCAAGGUGCUUGAAAUAAGAACCCAGUCAGAUGGGAUCCAGCAGGCCAAAGUACAAAUCCUGCCUGAGCGAGUGCUGCCUUCAACGAUGGCAGCGGUGCAGCUGCAGUCUCUCAGCCGCUGCCAUGUAUCUCCUCCUUCGAAACCUACAGCGUGGCAGGACCAAGCUGUACACCAGUGGUGGCAGAAAUACCAAAAGAGAAAGUUCCACUGUGCAAGUUUGACGUCUUGGCCUCCCUGGCUCUACUCUCUCUAUGAUGCUGAAACCUUGAUGGAAAGAGUCAAGAGGCAGUUACAUGAAUGGGAUGAAAAUCUGAAAGAUGAAUCUCUUCCAACAAACCCAAUAGAUUUUUCUUACAGAGUUGCUGCUUGCCUGCCAAUUGAUGAUGGAUUACGUAUACAGUUGCUUAAAAUAGGUAGUGCUGUUCAGCGGCUCCGGUGCGAGUUAGACAUCAUGAACAAAUGUACAUCUCUCUGUUGCAAGCAAUGCCAAGAUACAGAAAUAACUACCAAGAAUGAAAUAUUCAGUUUAUCCUUGUGUGGACCCAUGGCAGCUUAUGUGAAUCCUCAUGGGUACAUCCACGAAACCCUUACUGUAUAUAAAACCUGCAACUUGAAUCUCAGCGGACGGCCCUCGACACAGCACAGCUGGUUUCCUGGGUAUGCCUGGACUAUAGCUCAGUGCAGAAUCUGUGGGAACCACAUGGGAUGGAAGUUCACAGCCACCAAAAAGGAUAUGUCACCUCAGAAAUUCUGGGGCUUGACGCGCUCUGCUCUGCUGCCUCGGAUUCCAGAAGCAGAGGAUGACUCAGGCGACGAGAAAUCGCCGUUGCUCUGCCUGUGACCAGUAACCUGCUCUGGAGAUGAACAGGCAGUAGUCUCUCUCUGAAAUGCCUCUGCUCAGUUCUGCUUCUGAUGCUUACUUAAACUUAAGAACCCAAGAGCCCACCCUCCAGCUCCCCCAAAACCCAAGCAGCUCACUACAUCUGGGUUUGGUGUGCAUCCACGUUGCUGUUGUUUCAGACAUACAGAGAACUGAGGGUUGAAUCUUUUGAAGUGACAGCUGAGGGAAGGAGGUGACGUGAGACACAGGCAAUCGAUCUGAUCCAUCGGACAGAGUGGAGACUGAACUUUCUCCUCCCUUGUAUGAUUUCAGAACACGUUUACUGCUAUGAACUUGCAGUGAAAGAAGGUUGGGGGGGGAGGAACUAAAAUUACAAAUAAACAGAGUAUAAUUUAUGCAAUACAUGUGUGAUGGUAGGUACCAGUCACUUGCUGCAGAGGAUUUUCCAUAGUAGACUGAAGUGGUUUUGCUGAGAAUCCCCGUUGCUGACUAUGUGGAGUGCUUCAGAUUCUGUGCUCUUGCUGUUCCUCACAUGUUUGCUGAGUAGCCUUUGAGGAGGGUGGAAGCCUGAAGCACCUCUCUGCCUGGUGCAGUGUUGGUGGGGGCAGUGGCAGUGCUGUACCUGGCAGAAGCAGAGCAUCACAGGAUGGUUUGUGAAGGGAGCCCAGGGCAGGUAUUCACUCCUUACAAGGAGUCUGAGCCGUUUAGUCUAUUUGACUGAAAGUCUCACAUUUUAAGCUAUUUAUGCAAAGCACAGAGGUCAGUCCCAGAGUGUAAACUGCAUUGUCAUUUGCUGUUGAAUGUCCUUAGGUUUACUUGCAGAUAUUUCUGUGAAGGUAGGUUUGCCAGCACACGUGUCCAGGGCUCUGAAGUACUCUCUGAAAUACAGAACCCUGGCAGUUUUUCAGUGGUAGUUACUUUGACAAGGGAGAGGCAUAUCCUUUCAUACCCUGAAGUAAAAGUCACACUAUUGCCCUCACCUUACAAGGAGCAGGAGUUUCUAAGUCAGACAGAGGCAGUGCUUUUGCUCUUUGUCUGAGGUGCCGUCCCUGCUUCGGGUGCCAAAGUGGGGCAGCUUUCGCCACCGAUUUAUCGGGGUUUCUUCCCCUUGGGUUGCACUUUGGUGGUGGACAAUGAAGGUUCCUUCAGGGUGUGUACAUACACACUUGUGUGCUCUUGUGAAGCUUUAUCAUUCAUUCUUUAUUUCUUCACUGUAAGUCGCUGAGAACUUGUAUUGUUAAAUGUUAAGACGCAACAGGCUGCCCAGAUGGGCUGUGGAGUCUCUUUCUCUGGGUGAGAAGGAGACACUGGAUGAGCUUUUGAGCUCCCUUCCAGCCCUUAAAAUUCUGUCAUUCUGUGUAAUCUGCUUAAGGUAGAGGACAGCAGGCUCUGGCUCUGUCACAGCCUGCCAUCGAAUGUCCCUACACUUCAGUGAAGAGUCUCUGGAGGGGGCAAGCAGCCCAUGGCAGGGGCUGUGUGGGCCCUGCAGUGGGGCAAGUCCCCAGCUGGGCACAGACACUGAAAGGAUGGGUUAUCAUGCUAGGGACGUAGAAGCUAGUGAUUGUGUAACUCAGGUUUAGUUCUUUGAAGCCUUCUACCUCUGUGCUUCUGUGAUAACUCCUGUUUUCUCCACAGACAUCUUUAAUACCGUAUUUAAUUGUGUGUGCAGUGCUCUGUCUUGCCAGCCAACUGUGAAAAGCAAUACUUCUUUGAAUAUAAUUCUGAACAAAUAGAGGGUGAAUGAUGGCUCAUUUUCUUCGAGAAAACAUUCUGUGUUUUGAUUGUCUUUCUGUAAUAAGGUUUCAGUGGGCUGAGAUGAUAAGCACUAGUGUGAGACUGUGAAACCUCUGUACUUGGGUAACCACUGAAAUCCUCAGCUUUCCCCUCCUGCCCUGCACGUGCCCACACAUGGACUUACAACAUGCACAUGUGUGCACACCCCCAGCUUAGCUUUAGGCUUGGUUUGGUCUUCCCUUCAAAGAGACCUUGUGUCUCUUGUUCCCUCAGUAGGGCUUGUGGGUGAGGGUGCUUUAAAGUACCUUCUGCUGCCAUUCGAGUCAGUUACUCACUGAGGGGAUGGUGAGUGACGUGUUUCCAAGUGACUUUCUCAGCUGUUGCUGAACUUCAUAAGGACUUAGUGGUUUGGCUGUGUCUUUUGGAUUGCCUCCACUGAAAAUGGCAUUGUAUUGGCAAGGUUAGGAAACCAAGGAGGUGUAUUUCUGCUAUAGUGUUUCUAGGGCCAUCUGCAAGCUAACUGUUGGUGAGUUAAGUCAGGAGUAAAAUUAGCACUAACUUAGUUUUAUUGUUGCUGAUGCUGUUCCACCUGCCUAACCUGUGUGAUAUUCACCAUUUCCAAGUCCAGGACACUGUCCAGGUUGAAAACAAGUGUGGCUGAGGUUGCAGUGCAGACGCUGGUGAAUCCUGCUGUGGUGAAGCUGUUGGCACCGUGCUGCACGUGUGAGAAGGCUCAAAGUGUACAGCAUGUGAGCUGCAGAGUGAUGGAGGAGUCAGGGAUGGUUCCACACGUUGGGUAAUAUUUUCUGUGCUUUUCUCCUUUGUGGAGAGAAAACUACUGGAUUGGGAUUGUGGAAAAUUAUUGCUGGCAAAUGUGAUGGGGGGAGGAGGGAUGAACAGGCGUGUUGUGGGGACAGAAGUGGCUGUGCCCCGUGCUGGGCUGGGGCACAGCCAUCUGGGCAUUGCUCCUUGUCACAUAAAGACAUUGUACAAUCCGAGCCUGUAAUAUUGCAAGUUUUCUAUAGCUUAGUUUUGAUGACUAGGUAGAAUCACACAGGACACUUGCACACUGGGUCUGCAAGUGUUCAAACACCUGUUUGAUUUUAAUAAUGCAGUUUUGUACGUGCUGCGGCUCAUGUUGUUCCUCUCACUGUUUUUUCACCUCUAAUUGCUUUGUAAAAGCUGCAGAAAGGGGAGCACGUUCUCUGCUUCAGCUCUCUGUCUGCCUUUUGAGACGACCUUUCACAAAAACCUUGUUGCUUGCAAAUAUUUGCAAAGAAUAAAAUUCAGUUUCUUUCCAAAA